AUGAUGGAGCAAAGAUACCGGCGUCCAAGAUGCAUUCCUGAUGCACAAGGCAACUCUUUCCUCGGUCUUUGGAUUAUGAAUGGUGUUAGGGGAUGGCACCCUGAGGAAGACUACAAUGGUGGAUUACAUCCAUUAGUGGAAAAUUCACAUUUAAGAGACUUUCUGAAAUUGGUUCCAGACUAUAGGAUUUUGGAUGUUUAUUGGGAUGUGUAUGUCAUUCAAAAUUCUGCAACCACCAUAGAGGAGAUUGGUGAUGAAAACCACACCCCACCUAGAUUUGUGAAGCCAAAUAAUAAACCAGUUAAAAAAGGCCCAAUACUAGAACGAAAAACAUUGGUUGAUCAAGAAUUCCUUGACCUUCUUGGAAUGCCAUUCAAGAAUGCUUGUGGAACCAGUGAAGACACAUUGGAAGGCAAGGUUGCGGAUGCAGUGAACCAUUCUGAUGCUAAAGGAAGUGACCUUUCAAUCCCAGUGCCUAACCAUCCAGAUUCAACGGUGCUAGCUGAAGUUGCACACUGUGAAGAGCAGCGUCAUGGGAAAUUUCAACCGGAUAUUGUAGGUGAAAGGGAGAAGUUUCUUGGUGUGAACAAGACCACUGCUGAAGGGGAUGGCGUAUCACAUCCAAUGUCAAACAUUCAAGAAUCCGGACUGGGAAUUAACGAAGUUGAACCUACGAGAUAUGCAAACAUCAUUGAUGAGGACCCAGGACAUGGAAUUGAUGAAGGAUGUCAGUUUCCAGGGAGCAUAUCAUUAAAUAGAGACCAUAUGGAAGAAGUUGCAAACGAAGAAUUUAUAAGACAGCAUGCUGGGGGGAUUGCAACAGGUUAUGAUGGCGUAGCUGGAGCAACGGAGGAUGAAGAAUUGCACAAACAUGUUGGCCAUGAAGCAACACUUCUUAAGGAUGCGCCUGAAAAUGAUGCUGAAACCUUGGAUAGGGUGUACAAGCUGUGUAGGGAUGAAGUAUUUUUUGGUGUCUUUGUAUCUAAUAUGAUGAAGAAAGAUACAGGUGAAACAGACUUCAAUGUUGAGUCGUUUGACAGGGGUACAUCUUGA